UCUUCGACGCGAACGCGACACCUACUCGCGCGCUCAUGUCAAGCGUUCACAAGAACGGAACAGAAUCGUGUCCGGCGUCCUGGCGUUUAUAAUGGCUGCCAGGAGAAGAAAACAGGACGAGCACACACACAGCAAAUAAAACUCGACGUGCCCAGGUGAGGAAGAGGAUGGUGAGCAGUCAGGCCAAGUACGAGCUGAUUCAAGAGGUGGGCCGGGGCAGUUACGGUGUGGUGUACGAGGCAGCCAUACGGCAGACAGGUGCCCGUGUGGCUGUGAAGAAGAUCCGCUGUCACUCGCCGGAGAACGUUGAGCUGGCCCUGAGGGAGUUCUGGGCUCUGAGCAGCAUCCAGAGCCAGCAUCCCAAUGUCAUCCACCUGGAGGAAUGUGUCCUUCAGAGAGACGCUCUCGCUCAGAGGAUGAGCCACGGCUCGAGCUCUUCACUCUAUCUGGAGCUGGUGGAGACCUCGCUGAAAGGGGAGAUAACGUUUGACCCCCGCUUCGCCUACUACCUGUGGUUCGUCAUGGAUUUCUGCGACGGCGGAGACAUGAAUGCCUACCUCCUGUCACGCAAACCCAGCCGCAAGACCAACACCAGCUUCAUGCUGCAGCUUGGCAGCGCUCUGGCCUUCCUGCACCGCAACCAGAUCAUCCACCGAGACCUCAAACCAGACAACAUUCUCAUCUCGCAAGGCCGCAACCCAGCCGGCUCCCCCGAACCCACGCUGAAGGUGGCUGACUUUGGCCUCAGCAAGGUCUGCUCCGCUUCGGGCCUGAACCCAGAGGAGCCGGCCAGCGUUAACAGGUGUUUCUUAUCCACCGCUUGUGGGACGGACUUCUACAUGGCCCCGGAGGUGUGGGAGGGCCACUACACGGCCAAGGCGGACAUUUUUGCUUUGGGCGUGAUCAUAUGGGCCAUGGUGGAACGGAUAACUUUUGUUGACGUGGAGACGCAGAAGGAGCUGUUGGGAAGCUACGUGCAGCAGGGUGAGGAUAUCGUGCCAUUGGGCGAGGCUCUGCUGGAAAACCCCAAGAUGGAGCUGCACAUACCUGCGCGAAAGAAGAGCAUGAACGCCAGCAUGAAGCAGUUGAUUCGAGAGAUGCUGUCGGCCAAUCCGCAGGAGCGACCCGACGCCGUCGAGCUGGAGCUGAGGCUCGUUCGGAUCGCGUGCAGGGAACUCGACUGGGACACGUGAGAUGGAUAGAGACGGGGUGAACUUUAAUGUAUCUUCUGCCAUCUUGUUUGUGGUUAGAUAUGGGUUUUUCAGGGCUCGUCCUUGGUCCUUUCAAUAUUGUUUUAAAGGUUCAUUAGAAAAGUUUAAUUUCACCUGUUCAUAAGCACACUGCCAUCUGAACGUCACACGUGUGAGGAAGCCGCAUUGAUCCAGAUCAUAAGUACAGGUCCACAGAACCUUCAUCUCAUUUUGUUCUCACUUCACUCCUGGUGCUAAUUCAGUUUUUAAUGCAAUGUGGAAAUACUGGCCUCUUCCACAGCCAUCUCCAUAUUUACAUCAUCAGUUUUAACAGGUUUUCUACAACAUGAUCAAUAUCCGUUUUUCUGCACUCUGCUCUCAAAAGGGCUUCAGGGAGCUGUAUUUGUAUCAGUCCAAUCGAAACCAAUGUUUUUUCGUCUUUUCUAAAAAGUACUUGAAAAGGCAAUAGUUUAUAGCUGAUAUCUCAAAAGUGGUGCGGUUAACUUUCUCAAUGUGAAAACAAGAAACUUUAAAUGCAUGUUUAUCAGAUCCGUAAGGAAACAUCAUACUGCCAUUAUGGUUGUUUUCUAUUGGGGACAUCUGGCGCUAACAAAACCUGCGCGCACAUGUAAAAAAUGCAUAUUAGCAUGAGUUCUCCAGAUAGCUCUUGACUAAUGCAGUAUAAAAAUCUAACAGUGAUGCCCUGAGUUCACUUACAUAAUGCUGUUCAGGAUACAAGCUUCAGGCAGCAGAUUUAAUGACGUGAACUGGAACCAUACACACAGCCCGCUGAUCCCGGAAAAUUGCCCCAAAAUUGCCAGACUGCCUUCUGUGUGAACGCAAACGCAUUCCAGAUAGAUCUGAAAAAUGAUUCCGGAAAGGGGACCUAGUCACAUUAACGGGAUCAGGCCCGGAAAGCCCCCUGUGUGAAUGAAAGGCAGGAGCAAUGCCUUUAGGGGUGUGUCGUAGUGCUGACGCACGCUUCAUUACAAUGACGUAGCUAUCAUGCGACUGUUUGAGCGGGGGUUUAAAAACCAGAAAGCACUUCAAUAUACUCAACAUUAAACAAAAAAGCAACAAAGUUUCCAUAUCAACAUCUUACCUCAGAUCAGCUGCCUUGUUGUUCAACACAAUGUAAACACUUACGCUGUUGUAGCGCUUCACAACCGCUUUCUUUUCUGACGCGCAUAUUAUACGUCACGUCAAGAUCGUGUCACGUGUCUUUACGGGAUCUUUACAGGAUCUGUGUGAACGCACCCACAGAUUCCAGAAAAUCACUGAAUAAACAAAAUCGAAUGAUCCCGGGACAAAUUACGGAACUCAUUUUCCGUGUAUUUUUUCAGGUUCUCUGUGUGAAAAGGGCCUAUGAAACAGGUGUCUUUUAACAUGUUUAAAACACAAUUAAUAUAAUUUUCCUUAUAUUGGUACAUGUUCAGUUUUUGGAAUAUUGUAUUUAAUAAUUUGGCAUUUUGACAGUGCUUUUGAUAUAACUAAUCCAUAAAAAAAUGUGCAUGUUAAAAAAAUAAAUACGACCUCACGUUGUGUCACAUUUCCACACUGCCUCUAAAAUUUUCCUCCCUCGAUAAAAAAAUCUCUGGGAGUCUUAUGGGGAAAAACAACAAAUGACGCUUUCAAAAAAUUCGGACUGAGGGUGCAAAGACUUUUUCAGUAAAAUACUUUGUAAGUUAAUCAUAUAUAUUAUAAAGUCAACUUCAUAAAACAUUGAUAAAGAAAUGUAGCAUUUAAGCACAACCUUAACCAGGAUUUUCAAAAUCACAAGAAACCUAAAUUCUUGAAUGCCUAAUAAAUCGCCUGUUUUAGAGAAUGGCCAUUACGCUCAAGCCGACUGAAUCCUGAAGAGCUGCUCAAACACACACUUUGUAGACUUCACAGUACGUCCGGCAAAACGUGACAAUGAACGAUGAUCCUCGACUGAAUGCUUGAAACUGCCUGCCUUGAAUAAAAACACUAAACCUUAUAUAUUAGCAUGGACAGAGAGACGAGUCCUCCUGAUGUAUGUGACACCUCUCAGCGGUCAGGAAGUGUGACGGGAGAAAUGAAGGGAUAGAUGCACACAUCACACACGAUUACAAGCCUCUGUGACAGCAGCACGCUGAAUUUCAGCUCCGCUACAAUACGGCAUUUUUGCAAGAAAUCACCUAAAGGUGAAUGUUACUGGUAAUCCUUUCAGCCACGCUCAUGACAGACCAGUGCUAAGCUUGUUUGGUUAGGUAGAGAGGGAGACUCUCACAUUAUAAACAACAUUCAGGUGGAGGUCUUGUAUCCUUUUUUAGGCAGCUGAGACACGGACGCUUGUGGUGCUGGAGUUCUUCUGUUCUGUGAUAAACGGAUGCUUUAGUGUUUAACAGGAACCACUGCAUCUGUCAGUCUUUUAGACCGAAAACCAGAACCAACAAACAUUGUAUUUGGAGCAAUGACUUAAAUCUCUUUCAUUUUUCUUUUGUGGAAGCGUCUGCGGAAAAUCCCAUAAUCCAUUUUAUCGCAACAAUAAAAGGAUAAUUAUUCUCAGCAGCAUCACUCCCAGAUCAGUUUGAUCUGCCUUUAUGUUGAGAUAAGCAUCAUUUAUGGCUUGUUUUCUAUAUCCUGUUGCCCUUGCCAGCACUUGGUUUUCUGAACAAAAGGUCUGAGCAAACACAGCUGUGUGAUGCAGAAGUGUCUGUCACAGUUGAUAAAUUGAAGUAUAGAUCCCUGUGAAGCCGACAUGCAGAUGAUUGCCACUGGAUAGAUUGCAAGAUCAUCCAAUAAAACCACUGAAGAUGUGUGAUGUCGUGCUCACAUCAGACGUUUCGAUCUUUUGAAUUUGUCAUGUGAUGUCACACCUUUCAUUGCAAAGACAGCGUGUAUGAACAUUUAUAUAUUUAUACCCUGAUAUCGAAAUAAGUCGUGCAUAUUUUAGGAGGUGGCUAACCAACAUCUUACCUCACCCCAAACCCUAAAAUCACAGACGAAAAGGCUAAUUUAGCUAAAAAUGUGAGUUUCACGAGUUGGCCAAACACUGAUAAAUGGCGUCCCUAAACCUCACGUCUAUUUGACGUCUGCAUUUACAUCUGAGAGACACCUGCAAUACAUAGUUUGCUCAUCUGCAAUACGUCUCGGAGAUGUCUGCUUGUCAGACGUCAUAAAGAGAUCUAGAAGAUGUCUGUAAGAUGUUUAUGAUUUAGAAUGGAUGUAAAACUGCUUUCCAAGAUGUUUAGCAGAUGUUUUCCAGAUCUUUUGCAGACGGAUUACAGACUUAAUUCUUGUGAGACUGUGUUGGACAGCGAGCUCAUGUGAAGACGUUUUGUAUUUCGGCUUGUUCCAGUGUUCAAGUUUGUUCAAGUCUGACUAGUGAAUUUGAAUCACAUGAAGCUGUGUGACCAAUAGAACACCUGAUGUUAGCAAAAACCUGGUGCAAGAAAAUAAAAUGAGCACAUGGAUACAUGCACACGCAGCGAUUAUUUACACACUCGAUGGAAACCUUGCCUUCAGCAGCAAAGGUGUUGAAACGUAUGAAAUCUGACUUAAAGACAACUGCAGACGGGUGUAAAACAUUUCACAGAUGAUGUAUGUAAAGUAAAGUCUUCUCUCUUUGUUUCUUCAUAAUAAAAUGGUAAUUAAACAAUAAUUAGCUGAAUCUGACGUUAUUUCUCUUUGCUUGUCUGUAGAUAGUGUACAUGAGGAUUUCCGUGUGUGCUGUUUGAACGACGGGUGAUUUUGUCAGGUGGACUGACUGUUUUUCAGUUGUUGUCAUGUUGUGUGCUGACAUUCUGUGUGUUUGUGGAUGUCCGUGUCAUUUCAGAGUGUAAUACUGUUAUGAUCUUUUGAUCUAUGGAGUGUGUUGAAUUUGGGAGCACCGCUGUAUUUCAGUUUUGGUGUUUGACAAAAGCACUUCUUAUCAGCUCCACAUCAUCUGCUGAAACACACUGUGACUUUUUACUUUGACCUUUUGUGUUAUUGUCAAUGUCACGUCAUUUUGAGAUAAACUUCAUGACCGGUGAGUGUGUAAUUUAUUGUUGGGAUUGACUUAAUAAAACUUGCACUUGAAUCAUGUUUUCUAUUAAAGCAUUUUUAUUACAUUU